UUAAGUAAACAUUCAAAUUUGUCUUGUGAUGAAUAUUCAAUUUGUUGGUUUUCCCUAUAAAAUAGCAUGGAAAAAUCGUUCUGUUUGUAGGCUUUGAAAACCUCCAAAAUAUUUAACUAACUGCGGUUAUAAAUAAUCCCCUCUAAUUUGGGCCGGGGGAGGGAAAUGCGUCAGAAACAACUCAACAAACGACAGAAUUCUAGCCUCCAGGUCCAAAUCAAAUUGAUGAUAGUCGUCGCUCGCGCUCAGCCUUCGGCAAUCUAAAUUCAGCUCGCGAUUUAAACUCAAAGCUGCGCUCUGCGCUAAUAACUCUACAACAUUUUAAGAUUGGUUAUAUAUUUUUUCGUGUUUUCCGGCGGUAUUUUCUGAGUUUAUUAAAUGGACAGCCUUGGGCCAAUUGCGUGAAAAAUUUUGAUUGAUCUGUUGGCAAAAUUAAUUCAGCCCCAAGCCAGGUUGUUUUUUUCUCAUUUUCUCUCAAAAGGUACAAAUUUAUUCUUGCAGCCGCUCAUCAAUAUUACAUUACUUACAUUCGGCACAACUUGAAAUUUUUAGCGUUUGUUGAACAAAAUUUGCUGAGCUCGAGGCUUUGUGAACAAAAUUAAAGAACGCACUGCGCUCAUAAUCGGGGCUUAUAACUAACUACUGAACCGCAGUUCGAAUCCGCCUCGGGCUUAGAAAUCAUCGUUGCUUCGCUGCGAAUAAUUUCAACGCAGCCUCAGGCAUUUUCCCUCUUGUUUGUUUGUGCCUCACCUUUGAAAUUACGGCAGUUUUCAAUUUAUUUUUUCCUAUUUCCGCUCUAUUCAUAUUGCUGACGCUAUCAAUUAGUUUGCAAAAAAGCAUCAAUUCAAAAAAUCAGCCACUUUCUUAAACUUUAAAUUGGAUUUUAUCUCGUCAAUAACUUUCGAAAAAUUGUAUAAAAGCUGACUUCAAACCAUUUGAAACUCUGGAUGAUAGAUCACUAUUAGCUCUGUUUGACUAAUUCGAUAAAGAAACAGAAUCAAGAUGAUAAACUCUCCAAGUGCAAUGGCAGCAGCUGCAGCUGCCAUCUACCAGAACCUGCAAAUGAGCGGAUCUAACACCUCCAACGCAUCCCAGGAGCCGCGGAACCUCUCGCCUCCUAUAUCCCAGUCUGGAACUAAUUCCAUGUCAUCGGUUUAUCUUCUUCCUGGAAUUCUAAACUCAAACUCGGGUUCAAACGGUAUUGCCGACCGAAGGAAUAUUCUGAAUUACUCGGAGUUACUCGCCACUUUUGGAGCCGGAAACACGCAGUCGGUUUUGCAGCGAAGUCAGACGAACAACUCGAUGAUUGCAACAGAGUCGACAUCAAGUCUGGGAGUGCCGGAUGCAAAAAUUGCGAGAAACCGACGCAGUUUCCACUUCAAAGAGCGUCCAGACACCGAUCAGUUGGCUCGAGAUCUGGAGAGGAGAGACUCCGUCAUCAAAACGAUCACAGAGCGAGGAGAUUCCAUCAACGGCAUCAAAGACGAACAACUGUCUCCUAAUUCCCAAAACGGGUCGAGCAGCUCAAGUUUGAAAUCAAGUGGCAGUCACUCCAACGGAUCCAUCCAUUCCAAAUCGCCCUCCCCCAUCCAACCCCACUUGAACCCGACCAACCCGCCCUCACUAACACCCGGUGGAGUUCCAGUACCCGCUCAAUUAACUCGACUGAACGCCCCAGUUCACAUAGACGUUGGAGGCACUGCAUAUACUACAACUCUUCAAACCCUGACAAAAUACCCCAACUCAAAAUUGGGUAAAAUGUUCAAUGGCAAAAUUCCUAUUGUCUUGGAUUCGUUGAAACAGCAUUACUUCAUUGAUCGCGACGGAAAAUUGUUUCGAUAUAUUCUAAACUUUUUGAGAACAGAUUCGGUUUUCUUAACGAAAGAAUCCCCGAUGAUCAGUGGUCUCUUAGACGAAGCACAUUAUUUCGAAAUUUCUGAAUUGGAGAGUAAAAUUCAACUAAUUCUCGGCGCGGAAAACAAACCCUACGUAACAAAAACUGAAGACGAAAAUAAAUCUUCACAUAAUACAGAAAACUCAAUUUUGAUUGAAAGUAUUGUUCACACAGGGACUAAUGAAGCCGUGAAAAAAGACCAAUGGUUCAUUUCCGGAAACGCCAAGGACAUUCUUCAAAUUCUAGAGAUGAAGUUUUCGGCUAAAAUAGCCAACAGUGAUAUGAUAACACGCGCAUCAAGUGAAGAUUUUGAAAAAAUUUCGGAAGUUUCGUGCUUGGAAUUGAUUCAAAAGUUCUUGGACAAUGAUUACGUAAUUGAAAAGACGAAAUUUGCUACCGAAGAAUCUGGUAAAAUAUGUCAGUUCACUUUGAAGAAAUGAGUUCAUAUUGAGGAACUAAAACAACGUUCUUCUACGAUAUGUAUAGCGUCUAUUAUUUUGAUAUAGUAUUUUAAUUUCAGUUAAUU